AUGGAGAAAUCAGAACCCAGCAUCGGCUCACUCGAGAACACCCAGCUCGGCACGUACCAGGAUGAACAGCUGUACCGAUUGGGAUACGCACCUCAGCUGCGCCGCACGCGCAAGCUGUCGACGAUGAUCUUCAUGUCCCUGUCGAUUGCGUCUAUUCCCUAUGGAGUCGGUAGCGCCCUCAUGAACGCCGUCUAUGGCGGCGGCCAAUUAUCCCUGUUUAUCGGACUCUUGGUGGUGUUAGUGUUGGAUGGUUGUGUCGCUUUAUCUCUUUCAGAACUCGCUUCGAGAUACCCUACCUCAUCUGGAAUCUAUCACUGGUCAUUCCAGCUCAUGAAGAAUAGCGGCAGCAGGAAGUUAAUCUCAUUUGUCACGGGCUGGAUCUGGCUGAUUGGAAAUUGGACUAUAUCCCUCUCAGUCAACUUCGGUAUUGCAUCUCUAGUUGUCGCUACAGUCUCUAUCUUCUAUCCCGACUGGACAGCCUCAUCCUGGCAAUUGCUUCUCAUCUUCUACGCCAUCUGCCUGCUCGUCUUCGUGGUCUGCUUCUUCCUCGACCACCUCCUCGCUCUCAUCGACACCAUCUCCGCCGCCCUCACCGUCGUGACUUGCACCGCAGUCGCCGUCACCCUCCUCGUCCUCGCAGAGACCGGUCGUCACGAUGCCUACACGGGCUUUUUGGGUUAUGAUCCCAGCUUCUCGGGUUGGGAAGAAAACUUCACCUUCUUCAUCGGCCUAUUGCCACCCGCAUACGCAUUCUCCGCACUCGGUAUGGUGACUUCUAUGGCCGAGGAAUGCACAGACCCAGAGAUCCAGAUUCCCAUGGCAAUGAGUCUGGUACCCGUAGUUGCCGGUAUUGCAGCUCUAGUUUUCGUGGUACCGAUUUGCUUCACACUCCCACCGCUACAGGACAUCAUCAAUGCUCCAUAUGGCCAGGCGUUGCCAUAUAUCAUUCACGUGGUGACAGGUUCACCCGCCGCAUCAAUCGUCCUCAUGGUUCUUAUUCUGUUCGUUGCAUUCUUCUGCUCCGUCAGUAUCACAACCACCGCCGGACGAUGCACCUGGGCCUUCUCCCGCGACGACGCAGUCCCCAUGUCCCGCAUCUGGUCCUCUACAUUCAGAGACAGCCCACUAGCCGCACUGUGCUUGGUGACCGGUAUUGAGAUGCUGCUGGGACUCGUCUACCUCGGCAGCAGCAGUGCAUUCACGGCGUUCGCGUCUGUGGGCGUGAUCGCUUUGGCUGUGGCAUAUGCGAUCCCCAUCGCGAUCAGCUUGUUCAUCGAUCGCCGGACGGAGAUCAGCCAGGCCCGGUGGAAAUUGAACCCUAUCAUUGGGACUACAGCCAAUAUCAUUGGAAUCUUAUGGAUCGCUUUCCAAGUGGUUCUAUUCAGCAUGCCUGUGACGCUGCCCAUCACCAGUGAAACGAUGACCUACGCAUCGGUGGUGUUUGUGGGGUGUGUUUCUUUAAGUUUGGCAUGGUAUAUAGCCUAUGGGCGUAAACAUUACAAAGGGCCUGUAGAAGAAGUUAGAAGUUGA